AUGAACAGGAGACAACACAACACAACACAACACAACACAACACCUAGACAGAACGGACCAAAACAUCAACACAUCCCUAAGGCUCUAACAUCACUUGCCCUCUCCGUAACCAUAGACACAACUCAAGGUGUGGCCCCUCAGCUGGAGCUUGGCCAUAAAGUCACCGAGGUUGGCCACACCCGAAAGAUGGCCAUCGACCGUGACCAAAGGGCCCUCCACACCAUCCCCAAGCCCUCCACACCAACCCCAGGCUCUCCACAUCUUCCCCAGGCCUCCACACCAUCCCCAGGCCCUCCACACCAACCUAGCCCUCCACACCUUCCACAAGCCCUCCACACCUUCCCCAGGCCCUCCACACCUUCCCCAGGCCCUCCACCAACCAACCAGGCUCUCCACAUCUUCCCCAGGCCUCCACACCAACCCCAGGCCCUCACACCAACCCCAGGCCCCCACACCAACCCCAAGCCCUUCACACCAACCCCAGGCCCUCCACACCAACCCCAAGCCCUCACACCAACCUCAGGCCCUCCACACCAACCCCAAGCCCUCCACACCUUCCCCAACUCCUGCGGGUCUCUCCAGGUCCUACUCCUCACCACCCUCCCCGACCGGGCCUGUCAUAAAGCAGGACCCGAGGCUUGGUUUAUGAAUACCCGUUCCUCAUAUAAGUGUGAACGACGGCUCCCUGCUGACUACGGUGUGAACGACGGCCCUGCUGACUACGGUGAACGACGGCUCCCUGCUGACUACAGUGUGAACGAGCCCCUGCUGACUACAGUUGUGAACGACGGCCUCGCUGACUACGGUGUGAACGACGGCUCCCUGCUGACUACGGUGACGACGGCCCACACCCGCGACUACGUGAACGACGGCCCUGCUGACUACGUGAACGACAGCCUGAACGCCCCUGUGACGGUGUGA